AUGUCACAAGAAACAACACAAAAUAAUAUACCUUCGGUUGAACAAGAAACAAACAAAAAUGAUAGUACCAUCGAUAAUAAUAAAAAUGAAACUUUUACAACAAGAAAUGAGAACACAACUGAUAAAACGGAAGAAAUUAGUUCAACUGAUGUUAAUGCAAGCAAAGAAAAUACAGAUGCCGAUUUUAAUGCCACUGUUGCUACAGAUACACUACCUGCACAACAAGUGCCUAAACCAGAUUAUGAAUCAGAAGCAGCAAAAUUAGAACAAAGAGCAGUGAAAUUCCUCGCUACACAAGCACAUCCAAUAAUAUUACCAUCAUUUGCUGCUUGGUUUGACAUAUCCUUAAUACACGAUAUAGAAAGAAAUUAUUUUCCAGAAUUUUUUAAUAAUAAGAAUAGUUAUAAUAAUGGUAGUAGUAUUUUUAAAACCUCAAAGAUAUACAAGGAUGUCAGAGAUUUUAUUGUCAAUACAUAUAGGUUAAAUCCACUAGAAUAUUUAACCAUUACCGCCGUGAGAAGGAAUUUAGCUAUGGAUGUUGGGUCCAUUGUCAAAAUACAUCAAUUUUUAGAAAAAUGGGGAAUAAUUAAUUACCAAAUAGAUCCCAAAACAAAACCAUCCUUGGUUGGUCCUCAUUUUACCGGCCAUUUUCAAAUUCUUCUGGAUACGCCAACGGGUCUAAAACCUUACAUUCGAAAAGAUGAAUUUGCUACCGAUAACGAUGAUAGCACUGCAAUUUCUCAUCCAAUAAAUUUGAGUUUAAAAAAGACUGUGUAUUCUAAUGUCUCAGAAUUUAAUAGUUUAGAUUCACAAGUUCAGCAUUUUAGAAAGUACAUUUGUCACUCAUGUGGGAAUGAAGCCGUGAAAAUACAUUACCAUAAUUUACGUAGUAGAUCCGAGAACUUAUGUAGUAAGUGUUUUAAGGAAGGUCACUUCUCCAAUCAUUUUCAUUCUUCUGAUUUUAUCAAAUUAGAUAAUAAUAUUAAUGUUAAAAAUCACGCAACUUGGUCUGAUCAAGAAGUGCUACUGUUACUAGAAGGUAUAGAUAUGUUUAGUGCAAACUGGGAAAAGAUUGCCAGACAUACUGGAAGAAGUAAAGAAGAUUGUGUAUUGAAAUUUAUUGAGUUGCCCGUAGAAGAUGAAUAUAUAAACAAACUAUUACCACCAAAAAAAAAACAAACCUCUAUAACUUCCAACUCCUUGGAGGAAGCGGUUAAAUUAUUAAUAGAAAAUUUAAAUGAUGAAAACAAAAACAAAAUUAUUAAAAACUCCAAUGAGUUAUCGACUAAGUAUCUAAAUGAGUCACAAGCAAUUGCACAAGAGUUAGUUUAUAAUAAAUUACAACAAUUGGACACCAAAAUGGAGAAAAUAAAUGGACUAGAAGAAACCAUGUUGACAUUGAAGACUAAAUAUAUCAAUGUGUUGACUGAGCUACAAUCUGAUAAAGUUGCCCUUCUAAACGAUGUUGAGACUUUAAAUCAAAAAUUAAAAUCAUUAAAUAUUGACAAUGUCGAGCUUCUAAAACUGAAAAGUGUUAGAGAGGCUGAAAUGAAGGCUUUAAAGGCCCAACAUGCGAAAAAAGUUAAUUUGGAUAAACAAGAAAACGAAGAUGGUAAUGAUGAGGAUAAUUCUGCUAAACUAGUAGUCAAAAGUAUUUCUUUGGAAGCGCCUCAAGCUUAUAAAGCUUGGAGUUUGUAA